AUAGCCCAGUUCUUUUAAACAACUUUGGUCGGACACUACAUCUAUAUAGAGACGCUGAAGCCGCAUCCUCACUUGCUUCUCGGAGAUUCGGGAAAUCGGGAAGGUCUACAAAACCAACGUGGUUCAGUUAAUCAGAGAUAACCAACCAUGGCCGGUGGUGGAAAUUUCGUUCACAGAGUGAUGUCAUACCUCGUCAAUGAGCUUCUGGUUGAUAGCCUCGCCAACAGCAAAUCAUUCCAGAGGUUUGCUGUGAGGACAUCAAAGCAGAUGGAUGAGCUUUCAAAUUUGGCUGCCAAGAAGAAGGAACAACUUGCCAAGCAGAUGGAGGAUAUCUCCGAGUCUUUCAAAGACCGAUAAGACAUAAGUGGUGAUCUCAGCUGUCAUCCCCGCCAUCUGUAUACAGCCUUCUUGAUCUGCUGCCAUUAAGAGCUAUAUGGGAGCAAAUAGUGUUUCUACUUUUUCCUUGGGUGCUUCUAAGAUGUGCUUAAUGCACAGUAGUUUUUCACUUAACAUACUUGUAAACCUGAAAUAGUUUGCCUCUUGGUACUCUUCUGAAAUAAAUUGUUAGUUAGCUUGU